CACAUGCUAUCAACGGGCAGGACGUUCACCGUGACAGAACAAAGGUCGCGUUUCUCAAGGUGCUCAAGUGCGUAAUUGCCUGUUAAGUGGAGACUUGGCACUCUUUAACCUGUACACGCUCCAACUUAUCGUAGCCAUUAUCGGGGCGAGGCUCUGACACCAUCUAUUGACAAUGAGUCAGAAAUGAACCUCAAACCAAGUGUUUCUUACACGAACAGAUCAUUUACUUUGCUUCGUGCGCUGAACGGGUAAAGAAAGGCGAUUCAGUCCGAUCUCACCAGCAAAGUUUCUCGACUUGAUCAAACACAGGAGGACCGAUAAUGCCUAAGCCAGUCAAUGUCCGCGUCACUACUAUGGAUGCAGAGCUGGAAUUUGCCAUCCAGGCAGUCACUACAGGCAAACAGCUCUUUGAGCAGGUGGUCAAGACAGUGGGUUUGCGUGAGGUGUGGUACUUUGGGCUGCAGUAUAUGGACAACAAAGGAUAUCUCACCUGGCUCAAAAUGGAAAAAAAGGUUUUAUCUCAGGACAUAAAGCGAGAGAGCCCCCUGCAGUUUAUGUUCCGGGCUAAGUACUACCCUGAGGAUGUUCAAGAGGAGCUCAUCCAGGACAUCACCCGCAAGCUCUUCUUCCUUCAGGUGAAGGAUGCCAUUCUGAGCGACAACAUCUACUGCCCCCCAGAGACGGCCGUGCUGCUGGCAUCAUACUCCGUGCAGGCCAAGUGCGGAGACUUCUCUAAGGAGACGCACAGACCUGGCUACCUUACAUCAGAAAGCCUGCUCCCCCAGAGGGUACUUGACCAGCACAAGCUCUCCAAAGACCAAUGGGAGGAUAGGAUCCAGGUUUGGCAUGAAGAACACAGGGGCACGCUAAAGGAUGAUGCUAUGCUAGAGUACUUAAAAAUUGCACAAGAUUUGGAGAUGUAUGGAGUCAACUACUUUGACAUCAAGAACAAGAAAGGAACAGAACUGUGGUUGGGUGUGGAUGCACUUGGCCUUAACAUAUAUGAGAAAGAUGACAAAUUGACACCAAAGAUUGGAUUCCCUUGGAGUGAAAUCAGGAACAUAUCUUUCAGCGACAAGAAGUUUGUCAUUAAACCCAUUGACAAAAAGGCCCCAGACUUUGUGUUCUACGCCACUCGCCUGCGCAUUAACAAGCGGAUCCUACAGCUGUGCAUGGGCAACCAUGAGCUGUACAUGCAGAGGCGCAAACCCGACACCAUCGAGGUGCAGCAGAUGAAGGCACAGGCAUACGAGGAGAAGCACCAGAAGAAGUUGGAGAGAGAAAUGCUGGAAAAUGAGAAGAAAAAGAGAGAAGCUAUUGAGAGAGAGAAGGAACAGAUGGAGAGAGAAAAGCAAGAAAUGGUGAUGAGGCUCUGCCAGUAUGAGGAACAGGCUAAGAGAGCUGAGAAAGAAUUGAGGGAGCAGCUGGACAGGGCCAUGCGGCUGGAGGAGGAGAGACGAAGGGUGGAGGAGGAUGCCUCACGUCUGGAGGCUGAGCGGCAGGCGGCUCUCCUGGCCAAAGAAGAACUGGCCAGGCAGGCAGAAGACCAGAUCAAGAACCAGGAGCAGCUGGCUACAGAACUGGCUGAGUACACCGCAAAGAUCGCCCUGCUGGAGGAGGCCAAGAGAGUGAAGGAAGAAGAGGCUGAUCAGUGGCAGAACAGAGCUAAGGAGGUGCAGGAGGAUCUGCUGAAGACGCGCGAGGAGCUUCAGCUGGUGAUGACGGCCCCUGUGGCCAUCCCGGCCCCCGUGAUGGUGGUGGACGAGAUGGACGUGGAGCAGGAGGAACAGGAGGAGAACACUAAGACCUACAGUGCUGAGCUCCUGGUGGGAGGCAUCCACGACAACCGCAUUGAGGAACAGCGUCUCACCGAGGCCGAGAAAAAUGAGCGUGUGCAGAGGCAGCUAAUGGCCCUGAGCUCCGAGCUGGCUGAGGCGCGGGAUGACUCCAAGAAGACACAGAAUGACAUCUUGCACAUGGAGAACAUGCGCGUGGGCAGGGACAAGUACAAGACGUUGCGUCAGAUCCGCAUGGGAAACACCAAGCAGAGGAUAGAUGAGUUUGAAGCAUUGUAGAGACUGCUCCCAUCUGAAUGCCCUCGGCCAUAGCUUGCACCCUGCUAGCUACUGCCUCUGCUAUUUUAGGGUGUAUUUUGCAACAUUAUCACAAAUGGUUCCACUUUACAUUAGCCGUUCAAGUAUUUAGACUGUCGUAAUGCUAUUUAAUCAUAGUGGAACAACUGGACAGAAUUAUAUUUCCUGAAGGUCACUACGGUGGGGAAAGGGGUAGAGAGAGCAACACUGGAAUAUCAUUCUCACCCAUCAGUCUCCGCCAUGGGCACCAUGGUAACGGUCAAAAAAUGGAAAAUAUUAUGGUCUUUCUGCAUCACAGUAAGUCCAUAUCCUUGGUGGCUUUUGCUUGGUUUGGAACCCUAACCCCCUGGACUAUAUCUUACAUGUGUACAUGCCUACCAUAAAUAUAACCAUUUGAUUCUAAAGGAAAUAUGUUCAUCACCUUCUAUUCUAGGCAUUUGUAAAAUGGGUGCGAAAUCCUCUCCUUUGACUUUACUAAAUAUUAACUUCCAGUCAGUCUAUAUUUAUAAAAAUUGUCAGAAAGCCUUUAAAAUUUCCUCUUUUAAUUCUUGUUUUCUUUUUUGAAAUAAUUCUGUUUGCUGCCACCCUGAAUUCGAUUUAUGACAAGCACCAUAUCAUAGUCUGACUAAUGGUGUCAUUUUCAGUUUAAAAUGUGCUGUAGACAAAAUGAAGGAAAUCCUUGAAUUAAGUCACUUAAUGGCUCUGACACACGUCACAUUUUUAAAUAGUUCUGGACCUGGUUUGCAGUUUUAAGUACUUUACGCUACACGGUCAUUUUGAUCGCCCAGGCUUUGUGUUUAACCUCUCGUCUUCUGAACACUAAAUUAGAUGUAAGUUGUUAAGCCUGGGAGAUUUUUAAAAGAUUGCUUCCAGUGUGGAUACAAAUACAACAAAAGUGUAGCCUUGAAUGGGAGCGGAGCGUUCCACUCUCAAAACCCUUCACUGACGUUACGACGACGCCUACUGUGGGCCUGCUGUGCUGCCGAACAGACCUGUUGUUUUACUUUCCCCUUUUUUUCUAUUUCCCCUGUUUUGUAAAGGAAAUAAAGAACCACAAUCCAG